GAUUUUCAUGAUCACCUGACAGAGGCGCUUCGCACAACGUCAGCCAGGCUCUCCAAGAGAAAGCGGACGUAAAUUCUGCAUUGACUUACUGGGAGAGAUACAAUGGCAUCUAUUCUUGACGAAUACGAAGACUCGCAAAUCAUUCGUCACCCUGUCCACCCGUCCCGUAUGGCGGCGGCCAACAUGAUUGGGAUCACUCACUCAGGGUUUGUGAAUGUGCGGCUGGAGGAAGAAAAGCCCAUAUUUAACAAGCAACGGAUCGAUUUCUCACCUCCUGAAAAGAUAAAUCACUUUGCAGUAUGCAACAACCAGUUAUGCAUGAGUCUUGGGAAGGACACCCUCUUGAGGAUUGAUCUCGGAAAACCAGAUCAGCCGAACCAGAUUGAACUAGGAAGGAAAGACGACAGUAAAGUACACAAAUUGUUUCUGGACCCAACAGGGUCUCACUUGGUGAUUAGUCUGACCACAAACGAGUGUGUCUACUUGAACAGAAACACCCAAAAGGUCCGCAGUCUUUCUCGGUGGAGGGGCCACCUUAUAGAGAGUGUGGGCUGGAACAAGGUCCUGGGUUCUGAGACUAAUACUGGCCCAAUUCUUGUUGGAACCAGCCAAGGCAUCAUCUUUGAAGCAGAGAUCUCUGCUUCAGAAGGUAGUCUGUUCAACACUAACCCUGACCAAUACUUCAGACAGGUUCAUUCCUUAGAGGAAGAUGGCAAACCAGCACCAGUCUGUUGCCUUGAGGUGGAACGCGGGAUAGAAUCAAAGUGCUUCAUCAUUGCAACCACUCGCAAACGUCUCUUCCAGUUCGUAGGCAAGUUGGCAGAAGGUUCUGAGCAACAAGGGUUCAGCUCCAUCUUUGCUCAGAAUCAGGAACUCCUUCCUAGCUUUCAGGAGUUUCCUGUUAAUAUGGGCUACAGUGAGAUUGCUUUUUACACCUCAAAGCUUCGAUCGUGCCCCAAGUCCUUUGCCUGGAUGAUGGGCAAUGGGGUUUUGUAUGGCCAGUUGGACUAUGUGCGGCCCGACUCUCUCCUCAGUGAUGUACAGGUGUGGGAAUACACACCAGACAUUGACUUCAGCUUCAACAAGCCUAUCUCCAUUGUACUCACGCAGUUCCACUUCCUUCUCCUGCUUCCUGACCGUGUUAAGGCUAUUUGUACUUUGAAUGGGCAAGUAGUCUAUGAAGACGUGUUCCCAGAUAAGUUUGGCGCGCUCAAAAAAAUGAUCAAAGAUCCUGUAGGUGGGCUGGUAUGGAUCUACACAGAGAAAGCUGUUUUUCGCUAUCAUAUACAGAGGGAAUCAAGAGAUGUCUGGCAGAUGUACAUGAGCAUGAACAAGUUUGAUCUGGCCAAAGAGUACUGCAGGGAUCGACCAGAGUGCAUGGAUAUGGUGUUGGCCAAGGAGGCAGAGCACUGCUUCCAGAACAAGCGUUAUCUCGAGAGUGCAAAGUGCUAUGCUCUCACGCAGAAAUAUUUUGAGGAGAUUGCCUUAAAGUUUAUUGAAGCCAAGCAAGAGGAGGCCCUGAAGGAAUUUUUGCUUAAGAAGUUGGGUAACCUUAAACCUAAUGAGAAGACACAGAUCACCCUUUUGGUCACCUGGUUAACAGAGCUGUAUCUGAACCGACUUGGACAACUAGAGGCAGGUGACCCUAAGAAUCCCCUAUUUAUGGACACCCGGGAUGAGUUCCGUCAUUUUCUCUGCAACCCCAAACACAGGGAAUUCUUCUACAACAACCGCAGUACCAUCUAUGAUCUUUUGGCAAGCCAUGGCAAUGUGGAUGACAUGGUGUACUUCUCUGUUAUAAUGCAGGACUACGAGAGGGUCAUCUCGCACCAUUGCCAGCACGAUGACUACAGUGCAGCCCUAGAGGUGCUGUCCAAGCACUGUGAUGAGAAACUUUUUUAUAAGUUCUCCCCAGUUCUCAUGCAGCACAUUCCAAAAAAAGUGGUAGAUGCAUGGAUUCAAAUGGGUAAACGACUGGACCCGAAGAAACUGAUCCCAGCUCUGGUGAACUACAGUCAGGUAGGCAGCGCCCAGCAGAUCAACGAGACAAUCCGUUACAUGGAGUUCUGCGUGUAUGAGCUGGGGGUGAAGGAGGAGGCCAUCCAUAAUUACCUGCUGUCACUUUACGCCAAAUACAAGCCAGAUUCUUUGUUGUUGUAUCUUGAGCAGGCAGGUACUCAUGCCUCUGAAAUCAACUAUGACUUGAAAUACGCCUUGCGCCUUUGUGCUGAACAUGGCUAUCAUCAAGCUUGUGUCUUAAUUUACAAGAUUAUGGAGCUGUACGAGGAAGCUGUGGAUCUAGCCUUACAAGUUGAUGUUGAUUUAGCCAAGUCAUGUGCCGACCUCCCGGAGGAUGAUGAGGAGCUGAGGAAGAAGCUGUGGCUGAAAAUUGCCCGUCAUGUGGUUCAGGAGGAGAAGGAUGUGAAAAAGGCAAUGAACUGUUUGUCUAGUUGCAACCUACUGAAGAUUGAGGACAUCUUGCCUUUCUUUCCAGACUUUGUCACAAUUGACCACUUCAAAGAGGCAAUUUGCAGCUCCUUGGAAGAGUACAACCAGCACAUUGAGGAGCUGAAACAAGAGAUGGAGGAGGCCACAGAGAGUGCCAAGCGCAUACGUGAGGACAUCCAGGAAAUGAGGAACAAAUAUGGGGUGGUGGAGUCUCAAGAGAAAUGUGCUACCUGUGACUUCCCCUUACUCAACAGGCCCUUCUAUCUCUUCCUGUGUGGACACAUGUUCCAUUAUGACUGUCUUUUUCAGGAAGUCACCCCUCACCUUACUACCUAUAAGCUAAAUAAGCUAGAGGAGCUCCAGAAAAAGCUUGCUGCGACUACGCAGACCACCAAGUCCCGUCACAGGCCCAAAGAGGAGGAUACUGUCAGCCUGGGAAAAGGCCAGGGUAGCAGAGAGCAGAUCAAGUCAGAUAUUGAUGACAUCAUUGCUUCUGAGUGUGCCUACUGUGGUGAGCUGAUGAUCAAAUCUAUUGAUAAGGCUUUUAUUGAUCCACAGAAGUUUGACGAAGAGAUGUCUAGCUGGCUCUAAAACGAAGACUGAUGUUCAAUAAAAGCACUUGCUAGACUAUGAAGUAUAGCACUUGUGAAACAGCUGUAUUGCAAACAUUAACCUCCUUGUAAAUGUAACCACUCAUACAUUGAAAUUUCAGUGCAUACAAAAUGUUUGUGUACGUGUUGUCGAAUGAAUGAAUGUCAGUAUUGCUGAAUGUGGUGCAUUAUAUAAUCUCACCAAUCGCAAGAUAUUUUUAAUUAAUAACUGUGUACAGUUGUUCACCACAGUAACUGUAUGUGUCUGUGUGCCUGGUUGCUUUAUAUGCAUCAAGGAUCCUUGACCAAUAAACUAUACAACUUUG